AGGGAGAGAAACAGGUGUCAGUGUAGAAAGAAGAAAGAAGGGAGAAUGCAGUAAAGACGGAGAGAGAGAGAGAGAGAGAGAGAGACCCAUUUUCUCCGGCAAGUCAUCAUUAAGAUCUCUCUGUUCGCUGUUGCUUAUUCGCUCUCCCUCCUGCUUUCACACCCGCAUAGUCUCACAUACACAAGCAGCCGACUCUCAUAGACAGAGCAGAGGGAGCCAGGGAUGGAGAUAGAUACCUAAGAUUUCUCUCUUCUUCCGCUCUGUUUCUUCUUAUUCUUCUUCUUUUUGAGUCCGCCACCACUACUAACACCACCACCACCUCUACAAUCAAACUACUCAGAAGUGGGGAGAAGGGUAUUAGCCUAUAAGGGGAUAGAGAGACAGGAGUCAUGGGCUGCUGUGAAUCAUCGCUGAAAAAAAAAAGAACUCGAGCAGAUAAAGACAAGGUACAACAUCAUAGCCAAAAUCCGCUAUUCAACCCCUCACCUCCUUCCGGAGACUCUGACCCUGCUGCUGUUGCUGCUGGAGUUCCUCCUUUUUCCGAGUUCUCACUUUCCGACCUCAAAGCCGCCACCAACAACUUCAGCUCCGACUUCAUCGUAUCCGAGAGCGGCGAGAAAGCCCCCAAUUUCGUCUACAAGGGCCGUCUUCAGAAUCGUCGAUGGAUCGCUGUCAAGAAAUUCACCAAAUUAGCAUGGCCCGAUCCCAAGCAGUUUGCUGAGGAAGCUUGGGGCGUCGGGAAGUUGCGGCAUCGAAGGCUUGCGAAUUUGAUCGGGUACUGCUGCGAUGGCGAUGAGAGGUUACUUGUUGCUGAGUACAUGCCCAACGACACCCUUGCGAAGCAUCUAUUUCACUGGGAAAAUCAAACCAUUGAGUGGGCAAUGCGUUUAAGAGUUGCUUUAUAUAUUGCUGAAGCCUUGGAUUAUUGUAGUACAGAAGGGCGACCAUUGUACCAUGACCUCAAUGCUUACAGGGUCCUAUUUGAUGAGGAUGGUGAUCCACGGCUUUCCUGUUUUGGCCUUAUGAAAAAUAGCAGGGAUGGGAAAAGUUAUAGCACAAAUCUUGCUUACACCCCUCCAGAGUAUUUAAGAAAUGGAAGGGUCACUGCUGAAAGUGUCAUCUUCAGCUUUGGUACCGUCCUCUUGGAUCUUCUAAGUGGGAAACACAUCCCUCCAACUCAUGCCCUUGACAUGAUACGUGGCAAAAACAUUCUUCUCUUAAUGGAUUCACAUUUGGAGGGAAACUUUUCAACAGAAGACGCAACUGUGGUGGUUGGGCUUGCUUCUCGUUGUUUGCAGUAUGAACCUCGGGAACGACCAAAUCCAAAAAACCUUGUUGCAACACUCGCACCACUGAGUACAAAACAUGAUGUUCCAUCUCAUGUGAUGCUUGGAACCCCAAAGCAUGAGGAAGCUCCUCCUACCCCACAGCAUCAUCCUCUCUCUGCAAUGGGUGAGGCCUGUUCACGAAUGGACCUCACAGCUAUCCACCAGAUUUUGGUGAUGACACACUACAGAGAUGAUGAAGGAACCAAUGAGUUAUCGUUCCAAGAGUGGACACAACAAAUGCGUGAUAUGCUGGAAGCAAGGAAGCGUGGGGAUUUUGCAUUCCGUGAUAAAGAUUUUAAGACUGCAAUAGAUUGUUAUUCUCAGUUCAUUGAUGUGGGAACAAUGGUUUCCCCUACCGUUUAUGCCCGACGGAGCCUGUGCCAUCUCAUGUGUGACCAACCUGAUGCUGCCCUCAGAGAUGCAAUGCAGGCACAGUGUGUCUAUCCAGAAUGGCCUACGGCCUUCUAUAUGCAGGCGGUUGCGCUUGCCAAGCUUGACAUGCACAAGGAUGCUGUUGACAUUUUGAAUGAAGCUGCGGGACUAGAAGAAAAGCGGCAAAAAGGUGCCAGGGGAUCCUGAGAACCCUGAAACGCAGCAACCCCCAUGGUUGCAGAUUGCACCCACCCACCCACCCACCCACCCCCACCCAUUGUUGUUGACAACAGAUAGAGCUUUGAGUAAAGCGAGUUGUGGAUUUGCUACUCAACCGAAGAAAAAUGUAAUAUAGCGAGGUCGUUCUUUUUCUUGUAACUAUGCAUGUGCUCUUUUCUCCAAUUCUUAUAUUUUCAUUGUAAGGCAUUUAUAUGGUUUUAAGAUUGUGUAAAUCAUGGAAUAUAUAAUACAACAGGAUUUUUCUACAAGCCAAAA